GCUUCAAAUUCCGAAGAGUUUAAACGCUCAAAGUUCAGGAGCAGAGCAAAAGAGAGAAAGCCGACAAUCUCAAAGAGCUUCAAAUCAAUCUUUAGCGGGGAUUUUGAAUUCCUUUACACGAGAGGGAGGUUUUUGUAACGGUCGAAUUUCUCUGUGGGGUGAAAGUCCUUUGCUUCGGCUUCAAUGGCGGACCCAUCACCUGGUCCUGCCAGCUUCUGGACCCAGGCUAAUGCUCUGCUCAGAAAGAACGUCACCUACCAGAGACGAAAUAUGAAGACAAAUAUUCGGCUGAUCGCUUUCCCUUUUAUCCUUUGUUUAUUGCUUGUUCUCCUUCAAGCACUUGUUAAUAGUCUUCUGGAUAAGCCUUCAAAUAAUUGUGGCUGUGCUUGUAUCAAUACAACGGGAGAUGGAAAGUGUGUGGAAGUUUGUGGGUUAGAAUACUCAGAUUUGGACCAAGCAGGAACUUGUCAAAUUCCUAACCCUCCAGAAUGGCCUCCUCUGUUACAAAUACCAGCUCCUGAAUAUCGUGCGGUGACAACUGAUUUUGUUCCAUUUACAGACUUGCCAAAUGAGUCAUGCAGGAGUUCAGGGUCCUGUCCGGCAACUUUCCUUUUCACUGGGAAUAAUCAGUCUCUUGGAGAAAUUUUGGCUGGAAAUAUGAUCACGAGUUCUUUCACUCUGAAUGCCUCUGACGUAGUUGAUACUUUAGCCACUAAUGUUGCGGGCUCGGCUUCAUAUCCUCAGACAACCAAUUUUCUUGAUCCUACUUUUGUUUCGGGUGAACCCGUCUAUAAUGUGCAAAGCCAGUGCCCAUCAAAUUCUACAUUUUCUGUUUCCUUUAAGCAGUCAUCCAUUGAGCUGCAACAAGUGGUCAGUUGCGUCCAAGGUUUACAUUUGUGGCGCAAUAGCUCUUCCGAGAUUAAUGAUGAGCUAUAUAAAGGUUACCGAAAAGGGAAUUUGGAGAGCAAGAUUAAUGAAAUCAUUGCAGCUUAUGAUUUCUUAAACUCGAAUGGCAAUAGUUUUAAUGUGAACAUAUGGUACAAUUCAACCUAUAAGAAUGACACAGGCCAAACAGCAAUUGCAUUGGCGCGCGUUCCACGUUCGGUGAAUCUGGCAUCGAAUGCCUACCUUCAGUUUUUGCAAGGGCCUGGUACAAAAAUGAUAUUUGAGUUUGUCAAAGAAAUGCCCAAACCUGAAACAAAAGUCCGGCUGGAUUUGUCCUCUCUUCUUGGUACACUCUUCUUUACAUGGGUCAUUCUACAGCUAUUCCCUGUCAUUUUGACAUCAUUGGUUUAUGAGAAACAACAGAAAUUGAGAAUAAUGAUGAAAAUGCAUGGGCUUGGUGAUGGGCCAUACUGGAUGAUUUCCUAUGCUUAUUUUCUUCUCUUAUCUUUUAUCUACAUGCUAUGUUUUGUGAUAUUUGGGUCAGUCAUAGGUUUAAAAUUCUUCACAAUGAAUGACUACAGCAUCCAAUUUGUGUUUUAUUUCAUCUAUAUAAACUUGCAAAUUUCGCUGGCCUUUCUUGUGGCUGCAAUGUUUUCAAAUAUCAAAACUGCGGCAGUUAUUGGCUACAUAUGCGUCUUUGGAACUGGGCUUUUAGGAGGCUUUCUUUUCCAAUUCUUUGUUCAAGAUACAUCGUUCCCGAGAGGGUGGAUCAUUGUGAUGGAGUUAUAUCCUGGCUUCUCUCUAUAUCGUGGGUUAUAUGAGUUUGCACAAGCUUCCUUCACAGGAAACUCUUUGGGAACUCAUGGAAUGCGGUGGGGAGACUUGAGUAAUAGCAUGAAUGGGAUGAAAGAGGUCUUGAUUAUCAUGUUUGUUGAGUGGUUGGUGGUGCUUUUUGUUGCAUAUUAUAUAGAUCGAGUUGUGACAUCAGGAAGUAAAGGUCCUCUAUUUUUCUUGCAAAACUUUCGAAAGAAACCUCCAUCUUUUCGGAAGCCUAGUUUGCAACGGCAGGAAUCUAAGGUUUUUGUUCAGAUGGAUAAACCCGAUGUCAGUCAAGAGAGGGAGAAGGUCGACCAGCUACUAGUUGAACCAAACUCAAGUCAUGCCAUCAUCGUUGACAACCUCAAAAAAGUGUAUCCAGGAAGGGAUGGAAAUCCGGCGAAAUUUGCAGUUAGAGGUUUAUCUCUUGCCUUGCCUCGAGGGGAGUGCUUUGGUAUGCUUGGCCCCAACGGUGCUGGCAAGACUACUUUUAUUAGUAUGAUGAUCGGUCUUACAAAGCCAACCUCUGGCACAGCAUAUGUUGACGGACUGGAUAUACAGACUCAUAUGGAGGGAAUAUAUACCAGUAUGGGUGUAUGUCCACAACAUGACCUGCUCUGGGAAACUUUGACAGGAAGGGAGCACUUACUAUUUUAUGGUAGACUGAAGAACCUCAAAGGUUCUGCCUUAACACAAGCAGUGGAAGAAUCUCUAAGGAAUGUCAACCUUUUUAACGGAGGGGUUGCUGACAAACAAGCUGGAAAAUAUAGUGGAGGUAUGAAGAGGAGGCUUAGUGUUGCGAUUUCAUUGAUUGGUGAUCCCAAAGUUGUUUAUAUGGAUGAGCCAAGCACUGGAUUAGAUCCAGCUUCAAGAAACAAUUUAUGGAAUGUUGUGAAGCGUGCAAAGCAAGAUCGGGCAAUCAUUCUCACCACACAUUCCAUGGAAGAGGCAGAGGUCUUGUGUGAUCGAUUAGGAAUAUUUGUAGAUGGCAGCUUGCAGUGCAUUGGAAAUCCUAAAGAGCUUAAAGGUAGAUAUGGAGGAUCUUACGUGUUUACGAUGACUACAUCUUCGGAUCAUGAGGAAGAUGUGGAGAAGAUGGUGCGGCAUCUCUCUCCAAAUGCUAACAAGAUAUACCACUUAUCUGGAACCCAAAAGUUUGAGCUGCCUAAACAUGAGAUCAGAAUUGCUGAUGUAUUCCAUGCAGUCGAGAAUGCAAAAAGCAGGUUCACGGUUUUUGCAUGGGGUCUGGCUGACACCACAUUGGAGGAUGUUUUCAUCAAGGUUGCCCGUGGGGCACAGGCAUUCAACGUGUUUUCAUGACCGUCUGAUUUGUUCAUCGAUAAUUGCAUGUUACUUGGAUCUCUGAAUUGGUAUUGAUAGUAGACUUCCUCUCUAGAUUGGCAUGCAGUUGAUCGAAUCUGAUCAUGUUGUUGUUACCAUACAAUGGUGUAUUUGUUCUUCUAUUUUCCUUUUCUCUUGGGGAACUUGGCUUAGAUAUUUGUAUACAUACCUUUUAAUUUAUAGAAAGUAAUAGAAAUCUUAUCAUUUUUAAAGUCAAA